UCGAGGUUGCUCCUCAACGCGAUGUGAACCUCGAGUCAGUCGAUGAAGGUGGGGUCGAGGCUCAGAGUGCUGAAGACCAAGUGUCUAGUCGGCAAGUAGACGAUGAAACCGACGAAGUCGCGCAGCUGGCGAGGCGCAAGGAGAAGAAGCAAAAGAAGAGGAAGCCUGAAGAGAAGAAACGGAGGGAGGAGGCCGAGGCUGCUCGCCUCGCCGAGAAGAAGGAGGUCGCCGGGGCUAAGGCGACGAUGGCAGUCAAGUUGGAGCGGAGGCUGCGAGCAAACGGCCUAGGGUUGAUCCACCUGGUAAUGACAAGGCCAAAGAGAUUGACUGGAGCUUUUCGUUCGAGUACCCCGAGUCGAACGAACCGUUUGUCAACAAUGUUGAUAAAUGCGCAGAGCUGUUCGGGAUGAUAAGGGGCUCCACCUCCGAGGUCCCCCUGGUACCGAUGGGGCUUUCAAAGACAUGGCGAGCUUCGGCUUCAAGUUCAUCGCGAGCUGCAACCGCGCUCGAGGUCAAUACAUGCGCUGGCUCCGGAAUGGCGCCGCUCGGUUAAAGGAUGCCCAGAUUACCGGCGAAAAGGCAGUGAAAGAGCGUGACGCCGUCAUCGAGCAGCGAAAGGUCGCCGAGGACAAUUGGCAGACCAUGAAAAGGAAGGCGGAGCAGCUCGAAGCAGGGGUGAAAGAGCUAACCGACAAGAUCGAGACGAUGAAGCAAGAGAACCUGGAUUUAGUCAACAACCUACAGAUCGUCAACGAGGCCAAGAUCCAGGUCGAGAAGUCGAUCGCCACUGAGGUCGUCCGGGCACAGCGACAAGCUAAAGAGAGGAUCGAGACGGAGACGACACGGAUUUGGGCGGAUGCUGAGGCAAAGUAUUCAGGUCGUAUCGAUCGGCUGAGGAUUCGGGUUGCUCAACAAGAGACGAUCGAGAAGGUUAAGCUCGAUCUGGUUCAGGCUCGAGGUACAUUGGAGUGCCUUGAUCUCUUGAAGGAGAUGUCUGAAGCGGAGUUGAGAGCUGAGCUGGAAUCGUCAAAGCGCGACUGCGAACAGAAGCUCGAGAACCUCAGCUUCAUGGAUCUUGAGGAAGACGACUUGCCUCCGCCUUACCCUGAGACUCCAGAUGGUGGUUCGGAUCGAGAUGAUGCCGAAGACGAAGAGAACCGCGAGGGCGGCAAUGAGUCUGAAGAAUCGACCUUACUUGCCUUUUCUUAUUUGUUAUUGCCUCUUUUCUUUUGA